ACUCAAUUUAUUGGCGGGACCGCGCGUGGUUCACCUUUAUCUGAUGCUGCGUAAAAGUUGACCGUGGAAACCGCUGCACGCGCUCGGAGGAAAUCGCAUGGUUGGAUACCGCUCAGUGUGAGUUUGCUGCCACUACAUAAACUUUAUUGAGCACUUGGGCUUGUUUAUACAAGGAGGCAUGAACUGUUGAUCCGGACAGACCUGCUUCUCAUCCAGAUGGAUGCGCAAUGAUGGAUUCAUCGCUUUUCGAUGCAACUUUUCAGCGCGGUGCACUGAUAAACUUCCCCUGAGGAUUUUACACCAGCGACCUUUACCUGAAUUAUCCUCUCAAGAUGUCAUCGGAGUAUUUGAUAAGGUCGCUGCUUAUGCUCUUUCUAGCACUCUUCUCCGCCAAUGCGAGCAACUGGCUAUACUUAGCAAAGCUGUCAUCAGUGGGGAGCAUCUCGGAUGAAGAAACCUGUGAGAAGCUCAGAGGACUCAUCCAGAGGCAGGUUCAGAUCUGCAAGCGCAAUGUGGAGGUGAUGGACGCCGUCCGCAGGGGCGCUCAGCUCGCCAUCGACGAGUGCCAGUUUCAGUUCCGCAACCGACGCUGGAACUGCUCGACGCUAGAAAGUGUUCCUCUGUUUGGCAAAGUGGUCACACAAGGUACACGGGAAGCUGCAUUUGUGUACGCUUUAUCUGCUGCUAGUGUAGCCUUUGCAGUGACCAGAGCCUGCAGCAGCGGGGAGCUGGACAAGUGUGGCUGCGACCGCAAUGUGCACGGUGUCAGUCCAGAGGGUUUCCAAUGGUCAGGAUGCUCUGAUAACAUUGCAUACGGGGUUGCUUUUUCCCAGUCCUUUGUGGACAUCAGGGAACGAAGUAAAGGACAGUCCUCCAACAGAGCCCUAAUGAACCUUCAUAACAAUGAGGCAGGGAGGAAGGCAAUUCUGAACAACAUGCGAGUGGAAUGUAAGUGCCAUGGCGUUUCUGGCUCUUGUGAGGUAAAAACCUGCUGGAAAGCAAUGCCGCCGUUCCGCAAAGUGGGCAACAUCAUCAAGGAGAAAUUUGACGGUGCUACAGAGGUGGAGCUACGCAAAGUGGGCACCACCAAGGUCCUGGUUCCCCGAAACUCACAGUUCAAGCCACACACAGAUGAAGAUCUGGUGUACCUGGACCCAAGCCCAGACUUCUGCGAACAUGACCCCAGAUCUCCAGGGAUACUGGGCACCGCGGGCCGCUUUUGCAACAAGACCUCGAAGGCCAUCGACGGCUGUGAGCUCAUGUGCUGUGGUCGCGGAUUCCACACGGAGGAGGUGGAGGUGGUUGACCGCUGCAGCUGCAAGUUCCACUGGUGCUGCUACGUCAAGUGCAAACAGUGCCGCAAGAUGGUGGAGAUGCACACGUGUCGGUGAUCUCUCCCCUUACCACUUCCCUCCAUGCACAGGGAAACUAGACAAAUUCCCAAGCAUUUCAAGCAAAGGUAGAGGAACAUGUCAUACAUGAGACAUUAAAUUAUAGGGGCAAAAUACCCGAGGUCCCAAUUGAGAGUAUUUUUCUCUCUCCUAGUCCUGUUUUUAAUCAUGAUUGCUCUCUUAUUUUUAUAAAUAUAUAUAUAUAUAUCCAUUUUAACUUAUUGCAAUCGAAUAGAGAGUUAAUUUUUAAUGUGACGUGCACCAGAGAAGUGCCAUUGGGAUCAGGGGCACAUGAAUAUGGAGAAAGGUCAAUGCCUUUUCAUCGUUAAUGCUGCUUUAGGGUUUCAUCUUGAAAGAUGGACGUCGGACUAACUGAGACAUUGAACACUACAUGCUGAGAUGCAGUCCAGGUGUACAUGUACUUUCCAAGAGUUUUCCAUCCUCGUGACCAUUCGUUCCUGUGAUGCUGCUUCAAUUCAUGAAUCACUCACUGAUAACAUACAGCGAGCAUUAAAGCGAGGCUUGCUUUUCUAUGGAUGCAAACCGACUACAAACAAGACAGAGUGGAAAUAUAAGUGUUAGCAAGCUGUUCAAAAGAAGCGCUGGGUUAGUUAACUAGCUAUUGAUGCAGACAGAUGAUUGGUGCUGAGAUGUAACCAUGCAUCUGGUGCGAAACUGACAAACAUAAAUUGUUUACCCGCUUGGGGUGCUUGGACCAUGGAUUCUGUGCAUGAUGACUCUAGCACUUUUCCUCUCCAGAUGCACAUAACGCAAAUAAACAAAUCCCCCAGCAUUCCCUCCUCCAUUAGUCAGACCUGAGUGACUGAAUUAUGUACGAUAUCAUAACUCCAAGCUUUUCUAUAGUAAAACUUGCUAUCCAUUAUGCUUUUAAAAGAAACAUAGGUUUGUAAUGACUUGUACACUGAAGAGGACUAUAUUUCAUAUGAAUGUAUGAUACAUUGAAAUAUAUGCUGUGUCAAAGACUGACAUGCUUGUGAUUGUGCUUUUUGCGUGAACUGCUCUUUCCAAAUGGUCAUUUAUGGAAGCAGGCCAUCCAUAACUAACCAUCUUCAUUAUAAAAGACACGCUGAGCAACAUUAAUCAACAUGGUGUCCAAAUCUGGUCUUUUGGCAGGGUAUGAUUUAAUGAUUUAAUGGGCUUCCCACAAGGAUAAGUGUCUUCGUUUUGUGAAGUUUUGGUUUUAACGUUAAAAAAUAUCCUGGGUUGUGACAUAAUGCUGAUUACUACAAAUAUAUAUUGGGGGGUGGGGAAAUUGGGAAAUUCUCGGUUACUUGCAAUGAAUGUUUAAAUGUUUCAGUAGUAUAUAGAUAAGAUUUUAAUGUGUGUUAUGAUUUAAGUGGUGGAAAAAAUU